GGUGCUGGUGAAAGCUCGGGAGAGAACAUCUUCCAAGAAACGAUUAGGAUCUACAACUACAUCAGUGUGACUUGAUUUGACCCCUUCAACUCCUUUCCUACAUGGAGAAUGUAAACAAUGUAUCUGAGUUCAUUCUACUAGGACUCUCUCAGGAUCCCAAAUUACAACAACUGUGUUUUGUGCUCUUUUUACUCUUCUAUGUUCUUAUCAUUCUGGGAAAUCUGCUGAUCAUUGUCACCAUCCAGAGCAGUGAGCAACUGGAUUCCCCAAUGUAUUUCUUCCUUAGAUACCUGUCCUUUGUAGACGUUUGCUACUCUUCCGUCACCGCCCCCAAGCUGAUUGCCGGCUUCCUGGUGGAGAGGAAAACCAUCUCCUUUGUUGGCUGCAUAGCGCAGCUGUUUGGUAUCCAUUUCUUUGGGUGCACUGAGAUCUUCCUCCUCACGGUGAUGGCCUAUGACCGUUACAUCGCCAUCUGCAAACCCCUGCAUUAUAUGACCAUUAUGAGCAGGCACGUGUGCAGCUGGAUGGUGGUGGCAUCCUGGCUGGGGGGCUUUGUGCAUUCCAUGGUCCAGACUCUCUUGACCACCCAGUUGCCCUUCUGUGGGCCCAAUGAGAUUGACCACUACUUCUGUGACGUUCACCCUUUGCUGAAACUGGCCUGCACAGACACCUAUAUAGUUGGCAUCAUAGUUGUGGCCAAUAGCGGGAUGAUUUCUCUUAGCUGCUUUGUUGUGCUUGUUGUCUCUUAUGUCAUCAUCUUAAUCUCCUUGAAAACUCGCUCUUCUGAAGGGCGUCUCAAAGCGCUCUCCACCUGCGCCUCCCACAUCACGGUCGUGAUUUUAUUUUUAGGGCCAUGUAUCUUCAUCUACAUGAGACCUUCCACCACCUUCUCUGAGGACAAGAUGGUGGCCGUCUUCUACACCAUUAUCACCCCCAUGCUGAAUCCUUUGAUCUACACCUUGAGAAAUGAAGAGGUGAAAAAUGCCAUGAGAAAGUUAUGGAGCAGAGGAGUGGUAGCGGGAGGGAAAUUAAAAAUGUGA